CCUAAAUAUCUAUUGACUAAAAGUUACAGUAUUUAUAGAGUUUUUACAAUAAGGAUUACAAUUAAGAUUUAGAUUAUAUUAUUAGAUUAGGAUAUAAUCAGUUCUCUCAAAGAGAUAUUAGUUAUCAGUUUUCUUUGUCCUCAUAUAAACGGCUACUAAUGUUGUCGACAAUCUCUAAACGUUUGACUUCAUUGGCAGUGUUUGCUGUCAUCAUUUCAAUUGCUUUAGUCGACGGACAGUCUAAUUGGGAAGAGUCGCAAAAGACAGUGAAAGAGAUGUGCAAAGAACUGAAGACUAAUCAUAGGAUUGUCGAAGCAUUUAAUUUUAAUAACGAUCUGUUUCUGAUAACUGAAGACAAACAGUCGAGAAGUAAGGAUCCAUUUGGCUCACGAAAGCGUUACUAUUGUCUGCGUGUUUUUGAUACAUCAGACAUCGUUGAUGGCAUCAGUCAAUCGGCUAUCUUUUCUCAGGCCAUAGACAUGACCCGCCACUGGUCUAACGAUUUACGAGGCAAUUGGCUCUUCUAUUUGAAAAACUUCUUUUUUAUCAAUAAAAGAGAAGACUUCACAAAUGCUCAGAACACACAACUGCUUGGUGUCUAUCAAUAUCUCAUUGGAUUUAACAAAACAAUGAUGGACUCCAUCGAAAUGUUUGAUGCCUACCGGUUCCCGGUUGGAGAAAAUAAAAGGCUAAAUAUUUUCGACAUAAAAGAUCCCAUUAGAAUCAAUACAAAUAUAUACAAAUAUAUACCGAAAGAGGAUGAAUUCAAUUUGAUGUCAUUGGCGGUAAAGUUACCUCAAGAGGAUAUCAGUAACCGAAUUCAUUCAAUAUUAACUUUACCGUCGAUUGGAAAAGCGACCACUGAUUACGGACGAUAUUUUGUCUACUAUUUGGAGAAACCCCGAAAAUCAUUGGUAGAAGAACAGGGAAAAUGGGAAUUUAAAAGACAUGUUUUUGAACCAUCACUUGUAAACUAUGGCGAAUACAAUGAACUGAACUGGGCCUACAUCGGGGACAACGAUACCGAAAAGUGUGUCACACAAAACAUUGUCAACGCAGCGGCACUCGUGACCACUAGUACCUCUUCAUCAGGUGGUAAACAUGAUUUCACUAUUAUUGAGUUCAUUGACAACGAAUACAAAAUCAAAACCGGUUGGCAAUCAGCUACAAGUGUAUCCAAUAACUUGACUGAAGUCGCAAACGGAUCCAUUUUGGAUCUGUUCAAUUGUACAAAACCCAAACCAUUGGUCACUACAACAAUAGCAACGACCAUUGCUGGAGACACUGCAAGUUCUGGUGCAGAGGCUUCUACUACUACAACUAAAAAACCAACUAAACUGCCAGCAUCAACAGUCAGUGUGAUUACAGAGGCUGAGCCAACAGGAUCUGAACCACCAGAACCUGAAGAACCGCAACCAACAGAACCCGAGCCAACUAACAUUCCAAUGCCUGACGAACCCAAAGAUCCCGAAGAAAAGGCAUCUCUAUUAUGGUUAUGGAUAUUAUUGAUAUUAGUAAUAGUCAUAAUCAUAGCAUUUGGUGUCUUCUAUUUAUUAUAUAUCUUUGUCGGACCAUUCAAUACAUUUGUCCGAAGAUAUAUCAUUUCACGCGAUAGGCCUCCCUCUGGACGACCCACUAAACUCACUCAAAACACACCUAAACUUAUUGAACUAAAACAGAUCAACAGUUAAUCCGAUCAACACAUCUCUUGUUGUAAUACUUAAUGAAAUAUUUCUAAUGUAUUUUUUUCAUCCAAAUAUUUAUUCAUUAAUUUAUUUCAUUUAACUAU